CGCGUAACGACACAAAUAGCCUGUGUGAGAGUGUAGCAUCAACACCUCUCUCUCUCUCUCUCUCUCUCUCUCUCAUAAGAUUAGAGAUGAAUACCGGGAAACCUGUAGAAACAAAGAAGUGAAAGGCCACACAAAACCAAAAGACGAAGAACACGAAUAACCACUUCAAUUUCAAUAACCCCACAAAAGAGAGGGAGAGAGGAUUUUGAAUUGGGUUGUCGUUUUUAUGUAUUUUGUUUUGGUUGUAAUUGGAACUUAGAUUUUAUUUUUUUCUUCCUUUCUUUUUGUUCUUUCUAAGUCUAUUACUUCGGUGUUUGGAGGCUUUUAGAGGAGAAUAGGGAAGGUAGAUCAAUACCUAGAUACCAGAAUUUUUCAUUUUUCAUUUUUUCCCAUUUGUCCUCUUUUCUUGAUUUAUGGUGGGAGGCUUCCAGCUAUAGGCUUGAGAUUUCAUGUUGGGUGGUGAGAAAUUUGGGUGAUUGAGAUUAGUCAGUGAGGAGGACGAAGAGGAGUUUUGGGAGAUGGCCACAGCUUCAUCAUCCUCGGCACCGUUCUUCAUCAUGAGAGAAGAAGAUCAGAUAAAACAGCAGCAGUCCUCCACCCCCACUUCAUCAACAGCACCAAUCCCAAACCCUCCAAAGAAGAAAAGGAAUCUCCCAGGAACACCAAAUCCAGAUGCAGAGGUGAUUGCACUGUCCCCCAAGACCCUGAUGGCCACCAACAGGUUCAUAUGUGAGGUGUGCAACAAGGGGUUCCAAAGGGAGCAAAACCUACAACUGCAUAGGAGAGGCCACAACCUUCCAUGGAAGCUGAGGCAGAAGUCUACAAAGGAGGUGAGGAGGAAGGUGUACCUCUGCCCUGAGCCCACAUGUGUGCACCAUGACCCCUCAAGGGCCCUUGGAGACCUCACUGGCAUCAAGAAGCAUUUCUGCAGGAAACAUGGUGAGAAGAAAUGGAAGUGUGACAAGUGCUCCAAAAGAUAUGCUGUGCAGUCUGAUUGGAAGGCCCAUUCAAAGACAUGUGGUACAAGAGAAUAUAGAUGCGAUUGUGGAACCCUUUUCUCAAGGAGGGAUAGCUUCAUUACCCACAGGGCCUUUUGUGAUGCAUUGGCUCAAGAGAGUGCAAGGCUCCCAACUGGACUCAACACAAUGGGAAGCCACUUAUAUGGAAAUAACAACAUGGGCUUAGGCCUAUCCCAAGUGGGUUCUCAAAUCUCCUCAUUACAAGACCAAAACCACCCAUCUACCAACAUCUUGAGACUCAGUGGCGGCAGUGCAACACAAUUUGAUCACCUUAUUUCUGCCUCCAAUCCCUCAUUAUUCCGUUCAACACAACAGCCUGCACCUUCGUCUGCAUUCUUUCUCCCGACUUCAAACCAGGAUUUUAACGAAGAAUCACAGUCCCACCAUGACUCGUUGCAAAGCAAAUCUUUCCAUGGGCUAAUGCAGCUACCUGAUCUACAAAACAACACCAACAGCUCUUCUUCUGCCGCAGCAGCUGCGAAUCUAUUCAACCUAGGGUUCUUUUCCAACAGUAAUAGCACCAGCAUCAACAACCGCAAUAAUGCAAACAACAAUAACAACCAUCUAGCAUCAACCUCCUUAUUGGUUCCUGAUCAAUUUAGCAAUGGAAAUGGCGGUGAGGCGACCUCACUCUUUUCUGGUAAUCUCAUGGGCAAUCAAAUGCACUCAGGUGUAUCUUCUCUCUACAGCACUACCAUGCAAAAUGACUCCAUCAUCCCUCAAAUGUCUGCGACUGCCUUACUUCAGAAAGCUGCGCAAAUGGGUGCGACAACAAGCGGAAACAAUGCAACAUUGUUUAGAAGCUUUGGCAGCUCCUCUAGCAUUUCAAAACCAGAUACCUCACCCAUGUCUAUUAAUUUUCGCAGUGGUUUUGGUAGCGGUGGUGAUGGGAGCUUGAGAGCACAGCUAGAAAAUGAAACCCACCUCCAAGACCUUAUGAAUUCCUUGACGAAUGGAAACCCUCCGGUUUUUGGAGGCGGGUCUGGAGGAGUUGCUACAUUUGGGGGCAACUGCACUAGUGGCGACCCUGAACAGGAAACUGGAUACAGCAACUUUAACGUUGGUAGAAUCCCCAUGAACCAACGUCACCACAAUACGAAUUUAUGUAACAUGGAGGAAGCAAAGCUGCAUCAAAAUCUAGCCACUGGCAUUGGAGGAUCGGAUAGACUCACUAGAGACUUCCUAGGUGUCGGGGGAAUGGUGAGAAGCAUGAGCGGUGGGAUCUCACAAAGAGAGCAACAUCACGGCAUCGACAUUGGCUCUUUGGAUUCAGAAAUGAAUUCUGCCGCAGCAGCAAAUCAAUCUUUCAGGGCUCGGAACUUGCAAUGAGAAUGGGUGGAGGAAAGAGAAAAGGAGGUAAUCCAGGUAUGUAACUCAACUUGGUGAAUUUGGUUGAGCAAGUUGUGGUGUUUUACUUUUCUUUUUCUUUUGUUUUAAUAAUUCGUACAGUAGGAUUUCAUAAGUAUAUUUGCCUUGGGCUUUAUUAAAGUUUGGGUUUCAAUUCCUUUCUAACGCAUGAACUGAAAAAUACUUGAUUUUUUCUUCUCUUUUUGUCUUUCUCAUGUUCCGGUUACUGCUAAGAAGGGAGACUUGUGAACUAGAUAAAACAAAAUAACCUCUCUUC